CUCUCGACAAGGUGGAGGCGCGAACGGAGGUGCGCUCCUCCGAGUUCCGCCCCAACCAAGAGCCGAAGGCGGAGGACCUCAAGACCGAGCGGGGCGAGGUUGUCAUCUACGGCCUCUUUCUCGAGAGCGCCAUGUGGGACAAGUCAAAUAAGCGACUCAAGGACCCACCACCCGGCGAUCUCUUCCGGGAGCUACCGAUGCUGCUCAUCUCGGCGUACAACAAGGACGCUCCGCAGCAAGCGGUAAUCGCGCCCACUAAACCAGGACAAAUGAAGGAGAAGCAGAAGAAGCAGGAGUACUACCGCUGUCCCGUGUACAAGUACCCGACGCGCUCCGAUCUGCACUGGAUCUUCGACGUGAAUCUCCCCGUGGCUGAGGACGACGCGUACUGGCGCAUGCGGGGUGUUGCCCUGUUGGGAUCCACGGAUUAG